AUGACAACCACCUCGGAGGACUUCGAACAGGUUACACAGAAUACAAGUGAAUUUGCGUCUGGAAGCCGGGAUGUGUGGACACCGGAAAUAGUUACUACUGUAACCACAGUGAUGUUCAUACUUGUGGUGACACUGGUCGGAAACGGUCUGAUGAUCGUGCUACUGUUAUGGAAGCGUAGCAGAAGGGUGAAAAGAGUCAACAUCUUCAUGACAAAUUUGGCAAUCGGAGAUUUGGCUGUCGCUUGCAUCACUAUGACUACAGAAAUUCUCUUUGUGGCGUUUGGCGAGUGGGUACUUGGUCCAGUGUUGUGUAAAUUGACCGUAUACCUACAAGUUGUCACUCUGGCUAGUGCCACGUUCCUACUUACAGGCAUGAGUAUUGACCGAUACCAGGUCAUCGUCCGCCCGAUGCAAUCGCUUGCAAAGAGACCGAAGAUAUGGACGAAAGUCGCGGUCGCGUGGACGCUUGCACUGAUAUUCGCUAUACCGCAGCUUUUUAUUUUCAAGGAGGAACGCGUUAGGAGAAGUGACGGAACAAGCAAAUUGAAAUGUUUAAGUCACGGAUAUGAUCACCCUUGGCAGCGUAAGUUAUAUUUUACCUUCUUUUCCUCGUAUGUUUUGCUUGUUCCGUGUGUUUUGAUGUUUUACUGCUAUUUCAAUAUAGCCAAAGUCGUGUGGAGUAGAGGCUCUAGUAUAAGGGGAAAUUCCUCUUCACCAAGAAUGUCGGGAAAGCGGAAUUUGAUAUCAGCAUCACGCAUGCGCGUUGUGACAAUGACAUUAACAGUGAUUAUCGGAUUUCUUGUGUGUAUGAUGCCGUAUUUCGCCAUAUCUUCAAUACGAAUAUAUAGUGAUUAUGAAUUCCAACUUAAACAAGCUCUGAAAGUUUCUGAAAUUAUUUUUAUGGUUCACAGUGCCGUGAAUCCCGUGUUUUACGCCAUUUUUACGAUGCACCCAUUCCGGUGUAGCUCACUAUGUUGUCCGUGUAGAAGAAAAAAGGUCAAGCUCAACGUUUCUUCCAGGCCAAACCAGAACUGCUGCAAUUAUAUGGCAACGUUCCAUUCUUCAGGGUCGUAUGGAAACAAAGUUAUCAUAUCGAAACAUUCGGUAAAUGCCGAAAAGUCACAAACGAAAACAGACACUCGGCAUUCCUCCGGAGAAAUACCAAGAACUUUUGUGAGGGAAACAAAAGUCAACUAUCGAUUGGAAAUCGGUAUUAAUGUCGAAGAACGCAAAUGUAGCGAGCCCGGAAUGGAGUAUUGUUACGUGAAGUGUACGGAUAGGGCCUCUUUUAUAUGA